AUGUAUUCUAAUAAAUGUUCAAAAAAUACAUACUAUUUACCUUUUAAAUCAAAAUGUUUAAGUAAUGUAAAUAGUAGCUUAUUAAAUGAAGCAUAUAAUUUGCAUUAUUUUUUAUUAAGUUCUAAUAAUCCAUUUAGUGAUAAUGAAAUUCAUUUAAUCGAAUAUAAUGACCAAGAUUUUUGUGUCAAAAACGUUCAAAUAUUUGAUUAUAAAGGAGAAAUAGAACAAAUGAUUUGUUUAGAUAUGUACCAAAAAAAGGAGAAAAAGAAAAAAAUUCUUUUAUGCACUUCAGGAUAUUGCACAUAUGAUUCUUAUAGUAGUGCGAAUGAAAUGGAGAAUUUAUGCUCAUUAUGGUUAGGAGAUAUAGACACAAUAGAGGAAAAAGAAGAAGAAAAUUAUACAAAAAUAAAAGAUAUAGUAAAGGAAGAAGAGGGAAAUAUAGAAGAAAUGGAAAUAAAAGAUAACUUAAAAGGGGAGCAAAAUGACAUAGAAAAAUCAAAUGAAAUUUUAAAUGAUGAAACAAAUCAAUAUAAAAAGAAAUGUAAUGAAGAUAAUGAAAAAAAAGAGAAUGAAUUAAAAACAAAUAUCAUAAAAAAAAAUAGAAAUAUAAAAAAUAUAUUGAGUAAGCAAAAAAAAGUACCAUUAAAAAAGGUUCAUGAAUUAAAGAGUGAUAGGAAAUACAUUAGUAUCAAAAAAAUCGCAAUUGAUGAUUAUGAAGAAGAAUUUAGCAAAAUAGCUAUAAUAGAUAAGUGUAGUUAUAGUAUAUUUAAAAAAAAUAAUAAAGAUAUCCAUUUUAUACAAUCUAAAAAUGUCAGCAUGCAAUUAACCUCUGGGAUAUUUGAUCCUCAUCAUCAAAAUAUUUUAACAGUAAUAAGUGAUAUAAAUAUAUAUGGUUAUGAUAUUAAAAGUAAUAAGCAAAUAUUUUCUGCAUAUACUAAUCAUAAAGCAAAAUUAUCAGCAAUUGAUUUUAAUUCUAAUAUACCUAAUGUUAUUAUAACAGCAUCAAGUGAUGGUUAUAUAAAAUUGUGGGAUUUAAGAUUUUUAAAAGAUUCUUUUCUAACAAUUAAUAUCCAUUCUCAUUGGAUUACUUCUGUUAAUUUUAAUAAUUUUCAUGAUGAAUUACUACUAACUACGAGUACUGAUAAUACAGUUAAAUUACAUAAAAUUGAAUUUCCUAAUAAUUUAAAUUUACAAAAUAAAGAAACAAAUUAUAAUCUAAUAAAAACAUAUAAGGAUCAUGAAGAAUCAGUUCAUCAAGGUAUAUGGAGUAAAACAGAUGCAUGGAUAUUUGCGUCUUUGUCCUAUGAUGGGAAAUGUGUUGUAAAUAGUGUACCUCUUGAACAAAAAUAUAAAAUUCUAUUAUAA